AAUGCACUACUCAAAUAUCAUUAUUAUUGGAGAAGAGAGUGAAAUUAAAGAUAUUUUAGAAAAGUUUCAAGAGAAAAGUCAUUUGAAUGGAAUAUUUAAGCUACCAAUUCAAAGUCUUACGUAUUUUCUUGAUUCUGAACGCUGUUCAACAACUUUAAAAUCUGAACAACAGCCUAAGAAAAGUAAAGAGAUUGUUAGGACGAAAAUACAUAUUUUACAUAGGCCUAAUAAAGGAGAUAAUAAUCAAUGUACUAUCGAUAAUAGCUUUGAUUAUUUUGGUGAUGUUAAUGAAAAAAAAUCGGACGAAUUUUAUCAAUUGUUGUCAAAUUCUCUUGAGAAUAAAGUCAAUAUUUUGUUAAAAUCGUCAUCUUCAUCAUCGUUAUCUUCGCAAGGAGAACCGGAAGUUUGUUCAAGCGAUCAUCCUGAAAAUAUAGAAAAAGACUACGUUAUUCAAUCAGUUUUAGCAUCAAAAAAUGAAUUAUUACUUAUUCAUUUCUUUCAAGAUUCUAACAAUAUACAUGGCGAUAUAUUAAUAAUUCCAAUAUGUUCGCCAGUAAACCAUAAACAAUUAUAUAAAUACGAGAAAACUUUUCAUCAAUAUAUCGAUCCUCUUGAUAAGGAAGAAAUCAAUGCAAUUUCCAACAAAGAUAUUGGUUUUUUUAAAAUUGUCCACCUGAGAGAAUCAAUUAAAACUGCUUGUUGUAUAAUAUACAUUAAAGUACCAAACGAUCAAGACGAAACAAGCGAAACUCUUAUCUUUAAAGCUUUUAAUGAAGUAACAGAUGAAAUUUUUCUUGAACAAUACGAAAGUUUGAAUACACCUAUUAUCCUCUCAGAGAAUUUCACUUUAAUGAUUGCGUCAUUGUUUUGCCAAUGCAACCUGAUUGUAACAAUUCUAAUUGAAGAUUCCAUUAUAUACGAUCGUAUGAAAUGCUACUAUAAAGUAAAACUACCAACUUCGGUGUUAGACGAAGAACAAAACACAAGCGAUUCGGAUGAACCUUUUGUUAAGGUUAACUCAAGAAGAAAACGUCUGAUAAGGAAAUGCUCAAAGGAUAAAAAGCCUGGCUGUGCAAUAUGUGGUAAGAAAUAUUUCGAAACUGGAAAUCAACCUGUAGAUGGCGUAAUGAAAUUUUCAAAGAUUCAUAAAUCUUUACCGACAUACCAGAAAUAUAGAACGAUUAAAAUUACGUAUGAGAUUCCUGGUGGAAUUCAGAAUAUUGAGCAUCCGAGUCCAGGAAGUUGGUACGACGGAAUAAAAAAAGUAGCUUAUCUUCCCAACAACGAGGAAGGAAAAGAACUAUUAAAACUACUUAAAAUAGCCUUCAAGAGAAGAUUAAUUUUUACCAUAAAGAAAGCUGAUAAUUUUGAAGAUGAAGAUUAUGUUACAUGGAAUGAUAUCGUCCAUAAAACGGAAAUAGAGCCCGGAAAGGAUACAAAAGAAUAUCCUAAUGAUGAAUAUUUACUAAAUCUUCGUACAGUCCUUAAUAGUAAAGGCAUUAAAUAA